AUGUUGAACAAUUUGACUAGGGUACGAGUGUCACAUAUUGGAGAAAUGGAGGAACAGAAAAGAAAAGGCGAUAAGCUCAAGGGUAUGGACUACUGGAAAAAGUGGUGUAGUCAAACGGUUUCUAGUGGAGAAGCGCAGUUGGCCACAGAACCUACAACAAGCUUGCUUGCUGCUGGCAAUGAGACUGUGAAGAUAAGCGAGCCUUCGACCGUGGUUACAGUAUCGAACGACGAAAUCGAUUCAGUGGCUCCGGCGCCCUGUUUCAUGGCUACGACCACCGAGCCUACAUUUAGCCUGGAACCGACCGGCUUGCCUGUUACCUCAUCUUUUCAUCCUGUAGCUGAAUUGGACGUUGGUUUUUACUCGAAUCAGGAUGAAAUUGUGGAUGAAUAUUUAAAAGCCCAAAUUUUGAAAAUGCCAUGGACCCCGUCCAAAGAUUAUAAGUUUCCCAUGUCCACGAAACGAAAUUUGCGCUUUCAACUGGAAUGGACGGAAAGAUUCCCAUUGCUGUCAUAUCCUGAAUACAAAAGUGGGGCAUUCUGCAGAAUUUGCGUCAAGAAUGCUCUUUACACAAGCCCUCAGAUCCAAAACGAAAUAAUAGACAUUUCUGGUGAAAUAAUUCAACAUAAGAUAAUCGAAGAAGUAAAGAGAGCCAAGUUAUUUGCUAUUCUCGCUGACGAAACGACUGACAUCGCGCGAGUGGAGCAAGUCUCGCUGUGCUUGCGAUAUGUUGAUUCAAAUGAUGAUAAACAUCACAAAGUUAAGGAGAUGUUUAUCGAGUACAUUCCAACUGUUGACGUCACAGGAUCCGGUCUAGCAAAUCUCAUUAUUACAGCUCUGAAAAAACAUGGACUUAAAUGUUCUCAUGUGGUUGGUCAAGGUUACGACGGGGCUGCAGCCAUGACCAAUUCUGGAAUUGAAGAGGCAAUUUGUAUGUACUCGUCAGUGCUUCCCGAAAGAAGUACAUCUGUAGUCAAAGCAGAACUAGAUGUGUGGAAAGCAGUGAUGACAAGCACCUUCCCUACUCCAAAAUCUGCUUUGGAAUGCCUAGAUAAGUGCGACCGAAAACUAUAUCUGAACAUUAACACAUUGUUACAAAUUUUGGCCACCAUACCUGUUUCCACUGCUACUCCAGAAAGGACUUUUUCAAGCCUGAGAAGACUGAAAAACUAUUUACGUAACACAACCAGUGAAAACAGAUUGAACGGUUUGGCUCUUAUGAAUAUACAUUAUGGAACAGAAAUAGAUGCGGAUGAAGUGUUGGAUGCUAGCAUACCAUUUCGAAUCAUACAAGAUAGCCAGAGGCCAGAAACAACGCAAGUCAUUGGACAGCCGGAACAAGAGCAAUUCAAGCAACUCAACGAAGGUAUUUCAUGGUCAACAAGAAACCUGAAGUAUUCCUGUAUUCCUGAAGCCGGUGAGCAGCAGAGAACAAGAUUCAAGAUUCAGCAACUAUACAAAAAAAAAGACUGGGAAGUCAUAAGCCAGGAAUUGAAUAAGUUUGGUUACAAAAAAUCCGGGGUGAAAUGCGAUGAAAAAUGGAGAAAUCUAAGAAAAACUUAUGAUAAAGUAAGGACUGAAAUUGAUAAAACCGGAAACUCUAAAGUAUCAUGGAAGUUUUAUGAAGCCUUCCAGGAAAUAUACUGGAAAGAUCCUCAUUUUGUCCCAAUUGCUACUGCCUCCAGUACCGGUGAGUCUAUCAAGAGGAAACUAACAGACACUUCCAAUUUCACUACAGAAAAAGGAGAUGACAGUAGCAACAAGAAAAAUUUAUCACCUGGAGAGAAAAAGAGACUCAAACCCUCAUUUUCUGCUGCAGAGAUAGAAAUGAGAAGACAAAGGUGA